AUGUUUAACUGCACAGAAAGUGAAAAAACAUGCCGCCGCCAGAACCUGAAAGCUAAUCCUGCUCCAAAAGCAAAGUUUUGUUCAAAUGUACCUGAUACAGUUACUGAGCAUGCCGAUAUAUUCGAAGAAUCACGCUUAGUGUUCUUUUAUUCCUGUUGCGAUUGUUGUAAUCUCGAUCGAAUCUUUCUUCCAACGAUCCCAAUCGAAGAAAGAAAUUUCGGCACCAUUAUCUUUAAAUGUAGGAACGUCAACCUGGUCUAA